AUGAGAAACAAAAGAGCUAAUGCACAGUCACCAUCACCACCAUCGUCAUUUCGUCCCCACUGGGUUAGAGAUAAUGUUAGUGACACAAAUGUGUAUGUAAACCAACAACUAUCAGGGUUGCCGCCACCUUCAUUCUCAUCAGAUAGGAUGUCAACUUAUCCAUCGCUGCUCCAUCCCCCUUUUCAUCCCGAAAUUGUUCAUGCCUAUCAAGAAUUCAUAAAUCAUGUUCAAUCUCAUCCAAUCGACCAAGAGAUAGAUGCUAUUGUAGGAGGUUCAAACAACAUAAGUAAACCAUUACCAAAACUUUCAGAUGUGAUCCAACAUGUACAAACCAUGAUAAACAAAAGAGCCAAUUUACAAUCACCACCGCCACCACCAACACCAAUACCUCCAUCAUCAUAUCAUCCCCGAUGGGUUAGAGAUAACAUUAGUGAUAGAAACAUGCAUGUAAACCAACAACUACUGUUGCCACCACCACCACCAUCCUUAUAUCGUCACUGUCCAAUUAGAGGUAAUGCCGAUUGCAUGGAUGUUUAUAUUAAUCAGAAGCUAUCACCACCACCAACACCCUCAUAUCUUGCCACCUCUAUCAGUAAUCAUGAUGACAAAGAUUUCUAUAAAAACCAACAACUACUGCCACCACCAUCACCACAUCUUGCCACCUCUAUUAGUGGUAACCAUAAUAACAAAGAUCUGUAUACAAACCAACAACUACUGCCACCAUCACAAACCUCAUAUCUUGCCACUUCUAUUAGAGGUACAAACCAACAACUACUGCCACCAUCACCACCACCCUCAUAUCUUGCCACCUUUAUUAGAGGUAACCAUGAUGAAAAAUAUCUGUAUACAAACCAAAAAUUACUGCCUCCACCACCACCAAAUCUGUAUACAAACCAACAACUGCUGUCACUACCACCACCACCCUCAUAUCUUGCCACCUCUAUUAGAGGUAUCCAUGAUGACAAAGACUUGUAUACAAACCAACAACUACUGCCGCCGCCGCCACCACCCUCAUAUCUUUCCACCUAUACAAACCAACAACUACUGCCUCCACCACCACCACCCUCAUAUCCUGCCACCUCUAUUAGAGGUGAUCAUGGUGACAAAGAUCUGUAUACAAACCAACAACUACUGCCACCAUCACAAACCUCAUAUCUUGCCACUUCUAUUAGAGGUACAAACCAACAACUACUGCCACCAUCACCACCACCCUCAUAUCUUGCCACCUUUAUUAGAGGUAACCAUGAUGAAAAAUAUCUGUAUACAAACCAAAAAUUACUGCCUCCACCACCACCAAAUCUGUAUACAAACCAACAACUGCUGUCACUACCACCACCACCCUCAUAUCUUGCCACCUCUAUUAGAGGUAUCCAUGAUGACAAAGACUUGUAUACAAACCAACAACUACUGCCGCCGCCGCCACCACCCUCAUAUCUUUCCACCUAUACAAACCAACAACUACUGCCUCCACCACCACCACCCUCAUAUCCUGCCACCUCUAUUAGAGGUGAUCAUGGUGACAAAGAUCUGUAUACAAAUCAACAACUAUUGUCUCCAGCACGACCACCCUCAUAUCUUGCCACCUCUAUUAGGGGUAAUCGUGAUGACAAAGAGUUGUAUACAAACCAACAACUACUGCCACCAUCAUCACCACCCUCAUAUCUUGCCACCUCUAUUAGAGGUAACCAUGAUGGCAAAGAUCUGUAUACAAACCAACAACUACUACCACCACCAUCAUAUCAUCCUCUCUCAAUUAGAGGAAAUGAUAAUGACAGAAACAUGCAUGCAAAUCAAUUCCAAAAAAUGCUUCAACCAACAAGAAGGACCUAUGUUCGAGGUUCAAAUUCAAUACCUGUUGACCUAAAUGAAACUGCUCCUCAGUUAGCAAGACCAUAUAUAAAGGAGAUGGAUUUCCCUAUCAUGCACAGAACUGAUCCAACUCAGUUGAAAUUCACACCACAGGUCAUUUGUGAUAACGAAACUAGCAGUGUGGACGUAAGCUUAAGUCUUUAA